ACCGUUAAACGGUCUCUUUGUGGUGAUGAACAGAAGCGUGUUGCAGUCACUCUCACUCUCACACUCCUGAAUCUGUCUCACUCCUAACAUCUCUACUUCUAUUUCUUCAUCAUCUCCUCCUUCUUCAUCAUCCUCUCUGCAGUGUCCUUCACAAUGGAUCAUCACAGCCCAGACAUGUCCAACAUCAGUCAAGGUGAAGAUCCAGAAGAUCCUGAAGAUCUAGAAGAUCCUGAAGAUUCAGAAGAUCCUGAAGAUCUAGAAGAUUCAGAAGAUCUUGAAGAUCCUGAAGAUCUAGAAGAUCUAGAAGAUUCAGAAGAUCUUGAAGAUCCAGAAGAUGCUGAAUCUUCAGAAGUUCUAAAAGAUUCUGAAGAUCCAGAAGAGGAACCUCAGAUGAACAUCGGGAGAAGAGGAUCUCUGAUUAUUCCUCCUGGUUUCUCCUCAGAAAUUCAACCUGCUACCAGCGUAGAAGAGAAUCAGAACACUACAUCACCACUAUUAAACUCCAUCACUGAUCCCAAAGAGGAGGAAAAAGAAAAAUAAUGGAAGCAGCAUUUGAAACACAGACAGAUCAGAGAUUAAGAGAACUUUAAAAAGAAAAGAAAUUUAAAAACAACAAGACCAUGAAUUGAUGUUUUACACACACACACACACACACACAGUCAGGUCACUAACAGCAGUGUAAUAAUAUAAAUGUGUGUUUAUUACGUCCUUCACCGCUGCUGCAGUUUAAUAACAAUAAUCCUGAUUUAUUUAUUAAUCCAGACAUUUUGGAGAAAGUUUGUAAAAUGUUUUUUACUCAAAUUCACUAAAGUGGAAAGUUUCUGAGGGUCUGAACAACACUGUGAACUGAAGCUACACAAUGGCAGCUGUAAUGAUCACUUCACAUGUGUGUUAUUUUACUGUGUGUUAGAGUUGUGUAUUAGUGUAUGUGCAGUUUUUUAUACUGACUUUUUAAUAAAAAAUCAAU